AACGAAAUCGAUUGUUUCAAUCCGCCUGGCAAGCUGCGAGACAAUGGCUUUUGUUUGAUGCGGUUAUAACUACUGUUAGAUGACACCAUCUGCUCAAACUCGAUUUCAAGACCAAUUUCACUCAGACCAAAGUGAGAGAAAGAGUAGUUACAAUGAUUGUAGAGAAAGAAGUUGAGAGGAAUAGACAGGAUAGAGAGAAAAGUGGAGGGUGAGAGAGAAGUGCAGAAUGAGAGAGAACUUCUCAUUGAGAUGUAGUGCAAGAAAGUAGUUCAGAUAGUGAAAGUGAGGAAGAUUCCGAGUGAGCAAGAUGAGAAGGAGUAUGAAAGGAGAAUUUAUGAAAUAUAGCUGAGAUGGAGAUUGAUUACAAUUAGUUGAUUAUAAAUAAAAUUCAUAAAAACCUCAAAAGCGAUGCAUUUUUUUCUGGACUGACAAAAUUUUGUUUGGACUGACACUAUUUCUAACAAUGUCAGACCAAAUGUCUGACACUUCAAAAAAAAAAAAAAUUCAAGAACUCUGAAUUCAAUCCAAACUAGCUUAAUCAAGCUAUUUCAAAUAGCUUUAUAAAGCUGAUAUAGCUUAAUAAAGAUAAAGAGAUUAUGCUGGACCAAUAUAAACACAAUCAUAAUUAUGAUAAUGAUGAAAAUGACAGAUGUAAUGAUUAAAAUGCAAUGGAUAAUGAAUUAAAUAAUUCCCAAUAAUUUACAUGUUACAGGUGUAUAUGCGAUUACCUUAGCAAGUGCUUUUGCAAUAAUAGACAUCUCAUAGGACGGCAUAUCUCUAUUUUUUCAGAAACAUGUGUAUUUUGCUUUCCUUGACUUUCAGUACUAUUCGAUGUCAAAUUUAUGCUUGAUUUCACAAGUCGUGCGUAAUAACAUUCGUGCACUUGUCGAUAAAAAAAUUGAUUUACAUAAUCUCUUCCUCUUCUCUUAAUAUAGAUGCGUUUCAAAAUUAAGAUGUUUUGUUCAGAGUAGACCAAAAUGUACGAAUACAUUAUCUGAUGGUUAGAAGGAAUAAAGUGUUGAGGUACGACUUGUCAAAAUUACGGUUUGGAUUAAGCGUUCAAGUGAUCAUACAUCAGCGGUCAAAAUGGCCACUUCGGGACUUGGGAUCUUGGCAAGAAGCUUCAGUACCACAGCAAGAUGCAACAAACUUGUCCAGACUCCCGUCCAGGUGUACGGACUGGCAGGUAGCUACGCCUCGGCGCUUUACUCUGCUGCCAGUAAGGAGAAGUCACUGGAUUCCGUGGAGAAGGAUCUCAAGUCUGUCAAGCAACUGUGGGAGAAAGAUACCAAAUUCAAAGAUUUCUUUGCUGAUCCAACUGAAAAUGCAAGAAGGAAAAAGGCUGCCUUUCAAUCUGUUGUUAAGAAGAAUGGGUAUUCGAAAGUCACUCAAAAUUUAGUGGACACCAUGGCCGACAAUGGACGUCUCACAAAACUAACGGAUGUGAUCAACCUCUAUUUAGAAAUAAUGAGUGCUCAUAGGGGAGAGGUCAUCUGCAAGGUUACUGUUGCCAAAGCCUUGGAUGCAAACACCUCUAAACAGCUCCAGACCAUUCUAGAGGGAUUCCUAGCGAAAGGACAAAAACUCUACCUACAGACUGAGGUUGACCCCAGUCUGGUGGGUGGCAUGACGGUGACCAUCGGGGACAAGUUUAUAGACAUGUCUCUGAAAUCUAAGAUUAAGCUCUACACCGACAUUCUAAAGAGUGCAGCUAUCUAAAUCAGAGACUUUAUAAAUUUCAUACAUGUGUUUGUUGCCACUAGGAAUAAUAAAAGAAGUAUUUAAACUUGA